AUGGCCAUCAUCCGCAGGGGGGGCGACAAGUCGGCAGCAGCAGCAGACGACGGCUCGUUCCACACCCUAUUCGGGGUCAUCCUGGCCGCGAACGUGCUGUUCGCGCUGAGUGUGGCCUGCCUGCUCAUCUGGCUCCGCCGGCGGCGGCACUGUCGGGGCCGGAAGGAUGAGGAGGCGGAUGAUGAGGAUGAGGAGGGAGGAGGCCCGGAAUAUGCUGCCGAUGCCAAUGCUGAUGCCGGUGAGGCUGUUGUUUAUGACGCCGUCGGUGGCGGUAGCGGUAGCGGGAACGACACGGACGGGAGCGGCUUGUGCUGCUUGUCUGCGGCGUCGGAAGAAGAUGCGAGGGCAAGGGAAAGGGCAAGGGUGAGGGCGGAGAGGGAGAGGAGGAAGCUCACCAAGGCUUGUUCCAUGGGUGCCGGUUGGAAUUGGAGUGGUGGUGGUGGUGGAGUGAAGAGGCAUACACACAGGAGUAAAAGGAGUUGGAGUAUGGCGCUGAUUCCGAGGGUGUGUACCAGGGGGCAUUUCCACUUUGGCUUUAGCCGGAGCGAGUCGUGCCGGUGGCCGGAGGAGGAGGAGGAGGAGGAAGGGGGAAAGGUUUCCGCCGGGGCAGGAGAGGUUGAGAUGAGGGAUGUGAAUGACGACUCUGGGCUGGCUAAGGUGUGUAAGCGCAAGUCGUCGUGGAUCGACGAGGAUGCGUUGCACGGGCCGAAGGUCAGCAGCGGCGGUGAUCGCGGCUUCACGAGGGAGGCGAAGAGGAAGAGCCGCGGAUCGUCGUGGCCGCUCAGGAACAGGGCGCCCACGCUGCCGAGGGUGCACCACACUGUCCACGGCUAUCCGUAUUCGGUGGGCGAGCAGGGAGAGGGGUCCUCGGAGGCGUUGCUGGACUAUGCGCAGCUGAGAGACUUCUCCCGAGUCCUGCCGGUGCCGCCCAAGCCUGCUCUUGUUGCCCACCAGGACAGACGCGCCAUCCGACCGUCGGUUACCAUGGGCUAUGUGUACGGAGUCCCGGGGAUGCCGAAACCCGUCAUCAGCCCUCCGGUCAGUCCGACCCGGUCUCUGCCCGUGACACCGUCCAGGCUCAGGGGCCGGCAGCAGUCGACCGAUUCAACGCUGACUGAGAUCCUGAGGUCGACCGAGAAGAGGCUCCGCGAGGGAAGCGUCACGGGGACUGUCUGGGGGAACAAACUCGCGGCAUCCCCUACCAAAACAUCACCGUCCAAGACAGCUGCGUUCCGAGGUGAUGGCGUUCCAGCCGGCCGAUCCAGACCAGCGAGUCCAGUAAAGCAUGUCCCGAACCAGCCGGGCACGCCGGGACACAAGCGCCAGGACUCGCAGCAAUCCGUCUCGUCGGAGGCGGACAGUCUCGUGGGCCAGGAGUGCGCCAGUCCGGACACUCCCACGGGGCUCACCAGUCCAAGCCGCCGUCCGAAGAAGCAGGAGCAGCCAGAAGGGCUCCCGGCACGAGCACAUUCGGUGCGCACGUCCCUCUCGUCGGAGCUCUCGACGCUGUACAGCGAGGACGAGAUGCCGGAAGAGGUGAGGAAGGCCAUCCAGCCGCUCGAGGGCCUCGUGGUGCAGCCCCAGCAGCCCGCGAGUGUCGGCGCUCCGUCCAUGAACGACCCAUUUGCCACGCCGUUUCUGCCGCUGUCGGUUUCUCGGGCGUCUUCAGUCGGCCGCACGGGGCAGACGAGGCACAAUAAGUCCCAGGACCUCUUCCGGGCGAGUCUGCAACAGCAACGGUCGCAGCGUCUCCGCAGCAUGACGGUCGGACAAGCCCCAGCGCAGCCCGGGGGGCUGAUCCUGGCGCCUGGUCCCGUUAUGAGCGGUGCGAUUCCAACUCACCAACUCCAACUCGCUAUCCCGUCGUCUCGCCGAGGCUCGGUGACGAUCCCGCCCUCCAUCCAACCGUACAUCGCGCCGAGAGCAUCAGAAUCGCUGCCGUCGCCAAACCGACAGUCGCCGACGGCACAGACCCCCAGCGGGCCGCUCUUCCUGCGGGUGACCAAGACGAGCACGCUGAGCACGAUCCCAUCGCUCCCGCCGCCGUCGGCACCGGGCCUCGGCACCAUCGGCGAGCAGAGAGACGACAACAAGCCCUCCUCGCCAGUCAAAAUGUCGCACCCCGCCGUCGACCCGCUUCAGGAGGGAAUGCGCAACCGCGUUGCUCCGGCGCUCGUGCUCCCCUCCACGGAACGGUCCAGCGCACCGCCGUCACCAACGCGUCGCGUCGGCGGCGAGGUGCGGCUCUCCUUCGUUCUCGCGCCCAAACAGCGAGAGGAAAAGCGCUCCAGCACGGCCUCGUCCGUCUACUCGCAGGACGCCAGGCCAGCUACUGCUGCUGCUUCUGCCGCCGUGGAACUCAACCGCGCCAACUUCCGAGCCAACUCCUCGCUCUACCCGGCGCCUCUCUCGCCACGCAGCCGCGUUCUUGGCCCAUCUUCAGCGGCCAGGAAUUCCUCCGAUCCACAGUCGCCUAAUCACGGAGAUGCAAAAGAGGAUAACCGGGGCGACCACGACGAGGACGAGGAGGAGGAAGCGGAGGAGGAGGAGGAUAGGAAACUGGCAAUCCCCACGACCAUCGCCUCGCUGCGCCGCAUGAACAGCGGGAUCAGCACCGCCUCCAGCCUGGCGAGCAUCACCGACCGGAACCCGAGCCGCAGUCCCAGCCCACCCCCCAGUCCCAGCCCUAAACGAAUGACCCUCCUCCACCAGGCUGUGCCCGCAGCUUCCUCGCCUGCCAAGGUUGGUGGUGGUGGUACCAGUGCAAGUGCCAGUGCCGCGAGUACUCCCGCGCGGCAUUCUCAGUCCCAUCGCAAGAGCAUCGGCGCCAGGAACUACUUCGCCAUGGGCGAGUCGUCGUCGUCGCCCAGGCUGUCGAGGAAUGGGAUCGUGCGCUCCUCCCGCGCCGGAGGAGGGUCCGCAUCGGCAUCACCGACCCGGAAAAGGAGGCGGCCGACCAGUGCUGCUAGGGAUGAAGGCAAGGAGAAUACCAAUCGUGGAGGGUUCUUCAAGCUGGCCGGGGGGGAGUUCACUUUUGAAGUCAGCAGUCCGACUGCUACUACCGCCGCUACGACUGCUAUUGUCAGUAGUGCUCAGGAUGGCUUGGGAAAGGGUGCGCUGGGGUUGAGGGAGGGCAGUGCGGCGAAUGUGAACAACGUUGCGGUGGUGCAGCAGCAGCAAGGACAGAGGCUGUCGCUCGCGUGGAAACCCGCUGUCGGUGAGGGGCCUGGAAGUAAUCCCGGCAGCCCGUCGAGGGGAAGUCUGAAGAGUGUGGACAGCUUGGGGUUGUAUGACCGCCAGGGGUUUCUGAUCUCGGCGUCGCCUGCGAGGGGAUUGAGUCCUGUUGGGUUGAGGGUGUGA